CAUCUGCCCUUUCUUCUAUAAUGAAACUAGCUCCAGGAGAUACCAUUCACCAAGUUGCUUGUAAUUUUUAUUGUAAGGGGGCAGCAAACCAUGGGAUGGGGCAGGAAUGAGAAACUAUGACCUGCAGCCAUGUGGGACAUGGGAGCUUCUUCAACCCGUACCAAAGCUAGUAUCCCCUGAAUAACCAAUCGUCCAGAGAAAAAGAACUAAAAAUAGAGGGCAAAAGGUCACACUCCGAGGGAUUAAUUGUUUUGGAGAGGGGGGGAGACAGAGAACAAACACAAUCUAUAGCCAUGAAGAAACAAAUCUAUGGUUUGGACUGAACCCAUGGGCAGGCUGAAGGAAGGACUAAGAACCAUGGGGAGGGAGAAGAUAUGGUGAGACAUCAAGAGCAAUGUGUGCAGGGACCCCCAUUUACAGAAAUACAUUAACAGUUCUUGUUGGCACAUACCUGCACCCCAGUUCUUUUACAAAAAAAAAAAAAAAAAAAAAAAAAGAAGAAAGAGAAAAAAAGAAGCUUCUACCUAUUAACUGCAGAGCUCCAUUAACUACCCGCUGUUUGCAAAAUGCUAUCCUUUGGUUACAUUGUAACAUAAAACACCUUUUAAAUAUAUAAACCCUCUUCAUAUUUAAUAGAUUUUUCCCGAGGAAAGAUAUCGAGAGGGAAACGUCACGGAUGUUAAAAAGGUAGGCAGCAUUAGCAGAGGGAGAUAAGGAAUGAUUUCAGAGGGUGCAGUUACCUAGCAACGUCCCUUGCAGUUGCCUAAUGGUAUUUUGGAAGUGCAGCGGCUCCAGACCGGCUGAGGUGAAGGGAACGCGGGGCUGGGAAGCAGCGGAGCUCGGCAGCCCGGCCCGAACACACGGCACAGGCGACAGCGGGCAGACAAGAGCCAGUGUAUUACCUUCAGGAGAUGGCCUCUUCUAAGUCUUUGAUGAACCUUCUGACCUUCACUUUUGGAUCAGCAAUAGGAUUUUUCGUAUGCUAUCUUCUGUUUAGCAUUAUACUAGAAGAACAGGUUAAGAUCCAGCCUCAUAUCCUUCACAAUGAUCCACAUGGUCAACACUCAGCAGAUACCGAUAACAAUCAGCUGCAAGGACAAAUGAAUUUCAAUGCAGACUCUGGACAGCAUAAAGAUGAGAAUAAAAAUAUUGCAGAGGGGCUGCAUCAGAAGGUGAAAAUACUGUGUUGGGUCAUGACUGGACCUCAAAAUCUAGAAAAGAAAGCCAAGCAUGUUAAGGCCACUUGGGCCCAACGUUGUAAUAAAAUACUUUUUAUGAGCUCUGAGGAAAAUAAAGACUUCCCAACUGUGGGCCUAGAAACCAAAGAAGGCAGGGAUCAACUGUACUGGAAGACUAUUAAAGCUUUUCAAUAUGUAUAUGACCAUUAUUUUGAUGAUGCUGAUUGGUUUAUGAAAGCAGAUGAUGAUACAUAUGUUGUAUUGGACAAUUUGAGAUGGCUUCUUUCAAAAUACAGUCCUGAACAACCAAUAUACUUUGGAAGAAGGUUUAAGCCUUAUGUGAAACAGGGCUACAUGAGUGGAGGAGCAGGGUAUGUUCUAAGCAAAGAAGCUCUGAAGAGGUUUGUUGCUGCAUUUAAAACGAACAAAUGCUCUCACAGUUCUUCUAUUGAAGACCUAGCACUAGGAAAAUGCAUGGAGAUCAUUAAUGUGGAAGCAGGAGAUUCUAGGGAUACAAGUGGUAGAGAAACCUUUCAUCCCUUCGUUCCAGAACAUCACUUAAUCAGAGGAUACCUACCAAAAACAUUCUGGUACUGGAAUUAUAAUUAUUAUCCUGCUGUAGAGGGUCCUGGAUGCUGCUCUGAUCUAGCAGUUUCAUUCCACUACGUUGAUUCUGUGACUAUGUAUCAUUUGGAAUAUUUGAUUUAUCAUCUCCGUCCAUAUGGGUAUUUGUAUCGGUACAAUCCUGAUUCGGCAAAGAAUCCAGAAGAACAGAGCAAAAAUGAAGCACCAGAGGGUAACCAAAAGCUAAAGCAAAAAAUUUCGGAGAAUUAAUUGGACUUUGAAGAAAAUGAAGCCAGUGCAAUGAAUAAGAGUCUCCUCAAACUCCUGCAUGAAGCUUGUGGACUAAAAUUACUCAUGGAGAUUCUUAUUUCAAAAAUCACGUUGGCAGUACUGUCUGUGUACAACAGAGUCCAGUGCUGGCUCUGGCCGUUUGGGGCAGUGUAACCUUGCAGCCCUGCUCAUGAAGAUUUGGGGCUCUAAAGCUGUGAAAUAGGAGGUUGUUCUGGUACACUAAUAUCUGGAAGAAUUUGUAUAAAAAACCAUAGUGGACGGGUUCAAAGAUAAUCAUACAGUAUUUCUGUUCCUUUUUCUGUUCUCCUCUAUUUCUUUCCACAUGUUCUGUUAGCUCAGUUCCAAUAUUAGAAAUUGGAUGCUGCACUGUCAGAUACUUCAUGAUGGCUUUCUCCGGUGUUCUCAAUAUCCUGAAGUUACUGUCUGUACCUUGCCCUUUAAGGAAGGGAGAGGCGUGAAAAUAGUUUCAAGUCUGCUUUGCCUUAACGACAGACUGGUUAUUAUGAUUAGGCAGAGAUCCACCCAAAAAAUCCAUCUGAAUUGUUUCGGAAAUGGAAUUCACUGCUAUGAAUUAUUUUAAAAUUUUUAAAGUCUCUAUUGUACAAAACAGUAUGAAGUUGGAUCACUACUGUUUUAGGGAGAAACCCAGAAAUAGGUUUAAAUUGCUGAGGUUAUGCAAGCUGCUUAUAUAUAUAUUUGCCUGUGGCUUCUUUUUUUUUUUUUUUUUUUUGGUAUUAACUUAUCCUAUUGGUUGAAUAGAUAUAAAAAUUCAUCUCAGAAUUUCUCAGCAUAAGAUAAGGUAGAUAGUUCUUGAAACAGAAGUCUCUCUCCCAUCACACCUUCCAUCCAAACCAGAAAGAAUAAUAUCUUAGCAAAGUUACAGUGGCAUUAUAAUAACUUGGUUUCAGCCAGUAUUAGAAUUGGUUUGUUUCAAUUUAAUUUUCACCUCGCUAUACUUUGAGAUUGUGGAGUUACUUCUUUAUUCAUUGAAUUUUUAUAGAUACAAAAAAGUCUUAUUUUAAAACUGCAGCAAAGCCAAUUUGACUGCUUUCCUACGGAUCUAGUUUAUUUGGCUAAAGUACUUAAUUUCACUUUUCUGAACGCACACCCACACCCACCCCUUUUAAAAUUUCUUCUGUAUCUGCUUCUUGUUACCUUUUUUGGAAGAAAGUGUUACAUGAUCCUUAUUUCACUCUUUUUGAAGCUGAAGUAUAUAGUUAUUCAGGUAAGCCAGCCUGAAUACAGGAGUCUUUCAAAGUGCAUUAAUUUCUGCACUACUCUAUGAGUAUCUCUGCCUCUUAACUGAAAACACUUUCUUGGUGUGGAACAAAAUAGGUGUUUUAAUUACUGAAAAAUUUUCAGAGGCCAAGCCUGUGUUUUAUGUAGUUACUGUAAAACUUUCUGGUUUUCUCUUUUUCAAAUUGAGUGAGUAGCAGUAUGGGGGGAUGGGGUUUAGCUUGACAUGUAGUGUGUCUUUAUUCCACACUUGAACAAAAGUUUCUUCAUCUUUUUAUCACUUUUCACCUUCAUCAUAUUGAUGAAUUUGGACAUAACCUAAUUACCUCCAGUCGUUGUUUUGGAAAGGGCACAUACUGGUAGCAGACAGCCUUAUUUACUACUGCUGUCCUUCAGGGUGUUCCUGGAAGAGGAUGUUACCAUAAAGUACUGGAAUUUUUUUUCCAAAGAUAGUUCAUGUACAGAUUGGGGUUCUAUCUGUUGUCCAACAGUAAAGUCAUGACUUCCUUUCUGACCAUCGCUUUGCAGCAUGAUGCCAAGUACUGAAACACCUCAUGGAGCUGAAGUAUUACAUACAUCUUCUCUGCCUGAAUAUAGGCUGGGUUCAUACGUCAAGUAUUAGUUAAACAAAUAGUUCCUGCAGGGUUAAAGCUGUUGGUCUUUUAUGGGCAAGACUGCCUCUGAAGUAUUGAAACGGACACGAGCUUUAUUUUGUGUUAAUUGACUUAAGUAGAAAAUUAUAACUGUAUUUGUUUAAAAAAGGAAAAAGUCUCCAGUUGUCUCUAGUCAGAGGGAUGCUUGUCCAGAGGAGAAUGGAUGGUACCGCGCUGAGAGCUGCUUCCUUCUGCGAGCUAAACGUUUAUCCCAUGUGCAACGUAAAUCAAUAACAUUGAGAAAUCCAUAUGGUAUUGAUAACUCCAGUGGCAUUGUUCAAACAUGCAAUUAAAAUUUUUCUGGAAUAUUUAAGGAAGUUACGAAAUGAAAUCAAGAUCCCAGCUUAAUCUCUUUGUAACUUCAGCCCAUGUAGAAGAACUACUGAACUACUAUACUGUCCCUUUAUUACUGCUUUCUUCCUCAGUUCAUCCGUGGGGAUUUAAAGAUUUUCUACCACAAUAGGCAGAAUCUUUCAUAUUUUCUGCAAAUUUAUGUCCUAUGUUUGCACUGUGCUGCCCUGUGAAGUAACAUUAUUUCCUCUUCAUAUUCCUUACUAUCCUGACUGUCCAGUCUUUGGGGUUUGGAUUUCACCAUGCAUAAGCCUCAGGUGGAGAAGAGGAAGCAGGCAGAGAGAUGUUGGAGCUCCGCACAGGUUGGUCGCUGAGGUGGCAAGUCAAACCAGCCACCGCUGAGCUCAUGGUGAAGCCUUUUCUCAGCAGGAGUUCUCGUUCUUGUCUGCUGCCCAGCUGUGGCUGGUGGGUUUAGCAGAGCGAGGCAGGAAUGUCCCUUUCCGCAAAACAUGGAGCACCUCAGAGAAAACGUAGAAAUAAAGCACUGAGUGCCCUCUCUUGACGGAAUAAGGCUGAGGACAUACUGCCUUGUGAUAAAUAGAUGGCCUGUCUGGAGAAAUAAGAGUAGCCUUUCCUUCAAACAUCCAUUCGUGCUUUGUUUUGAAGUGUCCUUGUUCUUAGGCCUCUGAAUCCAUUUCUUUUGCCUUUCUAACAGCACUGCAGAGAAAUUCUUUUUCCUUCCAGACAAGCUAGAAAAGUGUCGAUUUUUACAUUCUGUGAUUAUAACAGAGGACUGAUGUUCUCUGUUGAAUUGUAUUGCCAUAACAAUGAGCUGAUGCCUCUGAAAUAAUUGGCUUGUAUCUCACUCCCUUCAAAAACUUCAGUAGACAAGGCUGGAAUGUGAACAGUAGUGUGACUUUCAUGUACGGUAUUACACUACUAUUAUGAGACUUUCAGGUCUUUGUGCUUUGAGAAAGUAUUUAUCGAGUCUGAGUAUUUCUGCAGCCCAGGGAGGCUGCUGUGUUUCAGGUGGGUAGACUUUUCUGAAGCACAAGCAACACAGGCUCUCUUAGGCUAUACCCAUUAUUGCUCUGUGGUUUUGUUUUUUGUUUCCGAAAGAAGUUUCUUAAUUUCAUAAAACCUAAAAGCUUCUGUUGGCACUGUAGUGAUUUAAGUGACCCAUCUAUGAAUUUUGAACUAGUUUUAUUGAAAGUACUAGGCAGCCGUUGUUUGCACUUGGAUGUUUUAACCUUGGGUUAAGUGUUUUUUAGUUCAGAAAGAAUGAGAAUGCCAGGAAGUUACCUUCUGAUCACUGUUCCUAAUCAGAUGAUAGUAUUAAUCUUUGCAGAAAAAGACCAAUUUUAAUCUUCUUUCAUCCCGAUUAAAUUUUGCAGUCUAUAUUGGUCUUAUUGAAGAGGUUAAACGCUGGUGAUGUUAGCACCAUCUCUCAUCUUGCAGAAGGUCUUUCCCCAUUACCUCAUUACCUUUUGCCUUUAAGGACACUUUCUUUGCUUUGCUUUGGUCAGGGUAUAUAUUAAAAAUCACUUUUUCUUCACACAUUGCCAUUUGUUUUAUUACGCUUCCAGAAGUGUAAAUUCUAAUGACUAGCUGAUAGACCUCUUAUAAACAGUUUGCUAUGUGAGCAGGGUGUUUUAUCUUUGUACGACAGAAAAGUGCGGGUUAUUUCUCUGAUGUACCUGCUACUGAUGUUGAUGGUGCACGCACAGAUGAAAAUAGAUCCCUCAAUACAGGACCACUUGGAAAGGCAAUUUUGUCCUUUUCUGUCAAGAGAAACUUCUGUGGAACUCCAAACGUGUAAUUUGCUUUGUUUUACCAUAUUGUAUUUAAGAUACUCCACAAAUGUUAUUAAUGCUCUAAAAGAAUUGAAUAUUGCUGCUGGACAGUGUGCUCCACUUAAAACCUGUGAAUGUUUCACUUUGCAAUUAUAGGUAGUCAUGUCCCUAAUGGCAGGUAUAAGUUGGUGACUUGUCUGGAAUGAUCACCAUAAGGAUUUGUUUCUUAAAUACCUUCUUUAAAGUGCCUUUGACCAAUUUUUAGCAUCAAAAUUAAGUUGAGAAUUGAAUAAAUAAAAUAAGUUAUCUCAUACACAGUUCAUGUCUGUCUUCAU